AUGGGCUCUCCUCACUGGGCUCGGAGCCCCGGGCAGCCCAUGAGUGGAGCUGGGUCUUUGUGGGGAUGGGCAGUGUCAAGGCUGCACCUGGACUGGACAACAAGGUUCUUUCAGGAAGAUGAAGAGAUGCUGAUUCUGACUCAGAGUGACGAGUUGAACAGAACCUACAGCGAGGACAACAGGUUGCAUAAUACAAGCUCUGAUGACGCCAGGAGAAACAGACCAUCAUCUAGAGAAAAUUCUCAGUCUCUGUCUGAUCAAGAUAAUCCUACUAUGAGGGAGAGAACAAAAGAUACUGACUUGAUGGGAUCCACUAGCUCUUCAUGGCAGGAGAGUCCAACUUUUAAAGAAACCAGAGCGACCAUAAUCUCCACUGGACCCAGAACUGUCACCAUGACUUCACCUGUCCCUACAGCAGACUCCCUCUGGUUAAAAAACACCAGGCCCUAUGGCAAAGAAAGAUCUUCAGAGAUACAAGCAGGCAACAGUGAGGAUAACCCAAAUUUCAACCAAAAACAAAAUAACAGGAGAAGAUCCUACAGGCUGGUCAGAGAUCUUGGAGGGGCUAUACAGAAGCAAAGACUUGCUGAGGAUGGAGAGGAGAAAAAAGAUGAAGAGGGAAUCGUGGAGGGAUCUUCUCAGUUUUUCACCAGCUUGGAAGAAGAGAGAGUGAGGAUGAGUGUAGCCAGUCCAGUUCAGAGCACCACAGGUUUGAAUCCUACUUCAACCAUCACAGCGUGGGAAGCCGGCUGGAACAUCACAAAUGCUAUACAGGGUAUCUUUGUGUUGGGUUUGCCCUUUGCUCUUGUCCAGUCAGGCUAUGUGGGUCUGGUUCUGCUGGUUCUGUCGGCCUGGGUUUGUAACUACACGGGAAGGAUUUUGGUUGCCUGUUUGUAUGAAGAGGAAGAAAGUGGAGGGUCAAAGGUCAGAGUCCGGCACAGCUACCAGGAUGUAGUACAAGCUUGCUGCAAAGGACUGUGGCCCAACUGGCCUGGACUGGGUGGAUGGAUGGUUAACGUAGCUCAGGUCAUUGAACUGUUGAUGACCUGCACCCUCUAUCUAGUCGUCUCCACCAGUCUUUUGUCUGACAGUCUAUCAGGAUUGACUGUUCCUCGACCGGUGUGUUCGCUGGUGUCUCUGGUGUUCUUGCUGCCCUGCCUCUUGCUAACUGAUCUCAGACCAGUCUCCACCCUCAGCCUGCUCUGCUCCCUGGCUCACAUCCUGAUCAGCCUGCUGGUCAUGUUGUACUGUCUGAGUCUGGCCAGCAGCUGGUCUUGGUCCUGUCUGUCCCUCUCUGUGGACCCAGAGGACUUCCUUGUCUCUGUGGGCGUCAUCAUCUUCUCCUACACUUCACAGAUCUUCCUCCCUCCUCUGGAGGGCAGUAUGGAGGACAGAGGGCAGUUUAAUGCCAUGUUGGGAUGGACUCAUGGUGCUGCCUGCAUUAUGAAAACUAUGUUCUCUUUACUGGCCGUGUUGACCUGGGGAGCAGAGAUCAGCGAGGUCAUCACAGACAACCUGCCCUCUGAUCUUCGCCCCCUAGUCAACCUGUGUCUAUUGGCUAAAGCCCUGCUGUCCUACCCUCUGCCCUUCUACUCGGCUGCUGAAAUACUUCAAACCUGUCUGCUCAGAGACGCCGCUGUCUCAUUGAAACAUGGAGGGUUGUCUCGUUCAGCGUUGCUUGUCCGUGGCGCCUUGCUGAUGACAUCAUACCUACUGGCCCUGCUGGUGCCUAGGUUCUCCCUGCUGAUGGGUUUGACAGGCAGUGUGACCGGGUCAGCCAUGACCCUCAUACUACCGUGCCUGUGUCACCUGCGACUGCAGUGGGGUCGCCUCACUGGGAGGGAGCGGCUGAUAGAUGUGGGUAUACUGAGUCUCGGGGUCAUCUGUAGUGUGUCUGGUGUGAUUUGUUCUGUAAAAAGACUGGUGGAGGGGCUGUAG